AUGUCUGCCGUGACCCUCAUCGACAGCCUACCAAAAUUCAUCACUCCCGAUGAGCACAGAGAGCUCACAGGGACAACGCCCGCUUCGUUCAGCGAUAUUCCUCCAGUCCUGCGCCACAAGGAGGAAACCGCAUCUGUACGCUUUGAGCCUCCCGUGGAAGGCUUUACCCAAGAAGAUGGCACAAAAGGAACACUCUAUGUGAUUGAAAGCGCCUUGGUCUUUCAAUCGGCGACCGGGCGCGCUUUCCAGGUGCCCUACCCGUCCAUAACACUCCACGCAGUCUCUCGCGCGGACACCGGCCCGUUCAUCUACUGUCAACUCGACGAACCGACAGCGGACAAUGCACCCGAAGCGGCGGAGGGUGAGGAGGAAUACGCGGCUAUGCGCGAAUUGAGCAUAGCAGUACCUAGCAAUUCGAUCGAAGCUAUCUUCGAGGCUCUUUCCUACUGCGCAUCCUUGCAUCCUGACCCGAACAUGGACGACGAUAUGGACGACGAUGCGUUCGUGGACGAUAGCAAUUUCGAGACGUUCAACGGAGACGGGGACGAGGAGCUCAGCGAAGUCGGCAAGGCCGCCCUCGCACAUCUCGAAUCAAUCAUAUAUGACCCCCACAAUCAGCUGCCGGAGGACGGACCCGAAGAACAGUUCCAAGACGCUGAAGAAAGCAACGAUGCCAAGCCGGCUGCGAACGGAACGCACUGA